GAAUCGAGCAACCGUGAGCAACACCAGCUGUUCUAGAGUUACAGUGUGGGUGAAUUUGUGAAAGCUAUCGUACCAUACUUACAGUCGUCUCGCGAAUUUUAGUCGUCACGACUGCCGUUGCGGUCUCAUUUUGUCAAAUUUAACGUCUUUUGUUCUGAAAAUGUCUUUUGCAUGAUUUCAAACCAGCUAGUAUGGACAAGCAGAAAAUGGGAACUGUUCUAGUGGAAGGAAACCAUCAAGUGACUCUUACAGUGCCACAUGUGGAAGGUGCUGGUACAAGUCAGACAGUCUUCAAGGGCAACCACAAACCAGUUGCAAGAGAAUGUGUCCUUAUUAUAGAUCACAGUACAGGGGAAGUUGUCUUAGAGCGAAUCUCUCAACUUGUUACUGUGAAAACUACAAGACCCGAGGUGAGCAGCCGGAUGAGCACACAACGACCCACAACUCCUCUUGAUCCAAUGCCCCGGAAGAGCUCACCGUCUCGGGGCUCCAGCCUUUCUCAUUCUAGACCAUCGCCUUCUCAUCCCAAAAAUUUUGCUUCCAAAUCCUCUCCUCAAGCAAGGUCUCCAUUGAGCAAGAGUCCAAAUACAAAUUCGAACACACCAGGAUCCAUGCCUCUUUUAGGAUUUGAUGACAAUGCCCCUAAUGCUAAGGAUGAAGGUUUUAUGUCCGAGUCAUCAAGUGAUUCAGAGAGCAACAGCAGUUCCUCGUCAUCAAGCGAUUCAGAUUCAGAUUCUGAUGGAGAACAAGAGCCGGCACCCAAGAAGGCAAAUGGUCAUGGUAACAGUACAGCAGGCAAUGUUACAAACGGAUCUAAUUACAUCUAUGACGACCUUAAUUUGUCAUCAGGGUCAGAGAGUGAAUAGUUUUUUAUCUAAAGGUUGUUUGUGUAAACUGUUGUGGCUUUAGAAUGCAGCCUGAGAAAAGUGCAAUGUGUUGUUAAAAUUCCAAUGUAUUUUUUAAACAUUUUUUUACUGGCUCUGAGAGAUAGAAUACAGUAUGCCCUUUACUGCAUCUCUGUGCAAAUUUUUGACGGUGCGUUAUCUAAAAGGCGCUGUGAAUGAUUUGGUUUUAAUUCAUGUAAUCUUGUUCAAGACCUGUGUUAUCUCAAAAGUGUUCAUGAACUCUAGUACUAGUACAGUAUGUCUAAUUAAGUAGUGUGUUGUGGAGUUUUUCUUCAGUAUCAUUUUCUCUUCUAGUAUAAUGAGAUGAUAUAUAUAAUGGCAUAAAUAAAACCUUGAUCAGACAAGUAGAGAUCUGACAUACAACUAAAACUAUUUGUAUACUACUUUAUAUGUGUAUUUAUUGUGGUGCUCUAUAUCUAAUGCAUUUUUAUAAUUUUUUAAUUCUUCAACAAAUAAAAGUUCAGACUUCAGUAGUUUGGCAAGUGAAAUUAUGUAUUAAUAAUAGUUGUGACAGAUAGUAUGCUGGUUUUACAUGAUUUAAUUGGGUGUGUAUGUAUUUAAGGAGUUUGCAAUAACUCUUAGAUACUGAUUUUGAAUGGAUAUGGUAUUAUUUAGAUUUUCAUUGUCAUCCAUUUUAUGAAAUUGUCAGCGAUGUGUCUACACAAAACUAUAGUAUUUUAGGAGUACAGUAUUUGAAUGAUAUAUGUAUAGAAGUUACUAUUUUCUUGAUUGUUACUCACAACCAAAAAAGUUUAUAUAUACAAAUUAUAGGCACACAAAACUGCUUGUACCUUAAUAGGGAGGUUGGUAUAGGGAUCAAAAUAAUCCUCUUUAGUUUAAGAUUAUGUAUUUGCUAUAUGAGACCACAAAGCUAUUGUGUCUGUGUAAUUAAAAAUGAGGUACAGUAUAAGAUUUUUUUAUGCAUAUGUGAUUUAUCCUGUAAGAGAAUAAUUGAAUCAAAUUGAAUUGUGUGUAGUACGUAGUAAGAUAAGUUAAAUUUUGUUUGAGGGAAUUAUUCAUGGUCUCAAAAAUUUUCAUGUGAAAUAUCUUGAUUGAAACCCUCUCUGUUAACAUGCACACAUUAGAAACAAAGAUCUUGUAUUUCUGAAUUCUCCUUUUUAUAUAUAGUGAUGUCAUUUCUCAGUAGAUAUUAAAAAGCAUAAUGAGUAAGGUGUUGGUAGUUUUAUAGUUGGUUAUUUGAGUUUUUAUAGAUUUCAUCAUUUUGGUAUGUAUGUACUAUAAUGUUUUAUUUUCAUCCAUUUGCAAGUGCUGUUGGAAUAAAUGUUAUGUAAGGGACUUUGUACCAUAAGUGUAAUACUUUAACAAGUUGAGACUUGCAUAUUGCAGUAUUAAGUUUUAUGAACACUUAACAGACAUUUUGUAACCUUUUCUGUUUAAAUAGACCAUAUCAAUCUGCAGAAUA